UGUAGUUAGCACCAGCGCCAUUGACACCCUGGUCGUUUUCGAACGUUUGCUAGGCAUCGGUUCCAAGAUCGACCUCCUUUGGGAAGGGAAGGUUUUCUGCGAAAAUAUACGUAUAAUCGAGCAAAAAAUGGUGAAGAUUGCACUACAACUUCGCGCCAAUCUAGAAAAUGUCGCAAGCUUCAAGCCGAGUCCAGACUGCGUAUGGUACCUUCGGCUGAAAUGCUUGAACUGCGGCGAGCAGACCAGCGCUUGGCAAACUGUGGAGGCUUCCAACCGGUCGCCAAUGAAAGGCAGUCGCGGAGAAGCCAAUCUAGUUCUCAAGUGCAAGUUGUGCAACCGUGAGAACAGCAUGGACGUUCUGAACGACAAGAUACAAGCUUACAACGCUGACAACUCUUUCGAGUUCGUCACCGUCAUUGUCUUUGAGUGUCGCGGCGUGGAACCGGUCGCUUUUGACGCCAGGGAUGGUUUCACCGCUACAGCUGCUGAAAGUGGAACUGUUUUUGACGACGUGAAGUUCGAGAGCAAGGAGUGGGCCGAGUACGACGAAGAAGGGAAACAAGCCGUUGGGAUCUACGAUCUCGAGCACAAUUUCAUCAAGGUGAAGUAGGCCGCGCAUUUGCCCGUGGUCCGGGUGAACGCUUGUCUAGUCUGGCAUGGAGCAAGGGACGCCGACCGACAAUGGGCCCGAAAGACGCUUUUCGAAAGUUUGAGACUGAAACUGCGUGAGUGCCUUCGUGCGGUUUCUUUUUUUUUUCCCUUCAUCAUCUUGCGGACACUUCGCCAGCCGAGGAGUCACAAGUACUGGAUUACGCCACCCUCCCCCCCCCCCCCCCCCGCCUUUUUUUUUUCUACACACACACGAGCUGUGUCCAGUAAAUUCACUUGUUUCUGCCUUUGCCUGUGGUGCCAGCACACCAUGCUCCGUGUUGCAUUAAUUAACGUUACACGAACACCCGCUUGCUUUGAUAGGAUGCCACACAGUGCAGUUUAGAUUGCGGUUGAGCCCCCAUCGGAAUCGAGAUUCCUGAUCGUAAUUGGCUGAUUUGUGUUAAAAACGGAAGGAAGCCAAUCGCGUUCGAGAAUCGACCUCGAUGGGAAGUGCCCGUGUGCCACCUAUUAAGGUUUCAUAUGCACAUGGCCUCGAUUUUCGCUUAGUCACUUUCGCUGCACAAUCAUUCGAUAAAGCAACAGACAGUGAUCGUCAUAGAGUUUCCUAAAAUUAACUAGAUGGGACUCUGGGAAUUCUAGAGGGGACUGUGGUUCAGCAACCAUGGGAAUUAUGGGUAUGACAUAGAUUUGCCUAGUCUUUCUCCUAGCGGGCAGCGAAUCCCACUUGUGGCUUUGUUUAUUGCUUUGUUUUGGUGUUGUAUCAAAUGAAAGAACAAACACUUUUGAUCUUCGUGAGCUGAUUUGAAAUGGUAAUCCUAAAAGGUGAAGUUGAUGUGUAACUGCUCAACAUUUUCUGAUUGUUGUUUCGUGACAGAGCAGCUUAAAGCCACGCGGAGCCUGAAGGAACCUAAAGUACGAAGACUAGGCAAAUCCAUGUACUACCCAUAAUUCUCAUGCUAGCUGAAGCAUAGACACUAGCACCAGAGUUCUCUCUAGCGUAUAUUUAGGAAACUCUAUGGUGACCGUCACUCCAAUGAGACAUCGCACAAAUGUAUCCGUGAAAGUGAAAAAAAAAAGAAGGCAUCACUAUGCGGCAGACAGAUGUUCGCAAUCACUAUUUUGUGCAUUCAAUAUAUAAUGUAAAACUGUGA